ACAGGAUGCAGCCAAAUAAGGCUAAAUUAAAAUUACUUAAUUUGUGCUGAAUGAAGAGACUAGAUCUACAUGUGAAGGAUUGAGCUCUCAUCAUUGAAUCUGCAGAUUAUGAAGGAUAUCUUACUAGUUAUCUUAUGUCUGCUGCAUGCAGUUCAUUCAUCAUACACUCUUGAAGACUGUAGUAACACUUCAGCAGCUAUUUCAGUUAACUAUGACAAUUACCAAAUAACUGUUUUCGACUCAUUUCAAGAAGCAUUGGAUUUUGUGAAAUCUAACAACAAUUCUCAGCCUACAAUCUGCUUACCGCCUGGCACCCAUAUUGUGUCAAAUCAAAUACAGUUUGGACAAAAAAGCCUGAGACUUAUUGGAAGUGAAAACACUACUGUUAGGUGUGACUAUGAUCCCCUUCCAUCGAAUGAGGGAAUUGAUUACACAUGGCACUUAAAUCGAUCAGAAUUUUUCUGUCUAAGUGGAAUUCAUUUCUCGAGUUGCCCAUAUCCUUACAGAGUGAUUGCCGUGAAAGAAGUAACUGUGAGGAACUGUACUUUCAUGAAUUUCACUGAGGCAGUUUUUGACCUCUUCAAUUGUGAGACAGUGCAACUCGAGCACUCCUCUUUUACCAACAAUUCGGGAACUGGAAUUUUAUUUGAGACUUUCCGAGGUAACACAGGAGCUGUUGCAUUAGGAUAUACCAAUUACCCCACAUGUUUGAAGCAGCCUCGUGUUUCCAUACUCACUGUGAUUUUAUCGGUAAUAGCGCUCAUGGUACAACCGAGCUUCAGACAUCGGAGCGAGCAGUUGCAUCAAGCAUAUUUAUUGGCAGAGGUGGUGCACUGGGUAUAUUCAUUGGUUCAGCAAGCAGCAGUCCAAUUUUAAACAUGACUGACUGU